AUGAGGGAUACACCAAUUACGGGUGUCAUUAUGGAAAGCUACUUAGUAGUAUUUUAUGGGUGUAAAUCUCAAAAGAACACCAAUUCGGGUGCAUUUGUUAAUCAAGAGAAUGGUAGAAUCAAUCAAGUUUCACCCCAUGUUAGACAACUAAAAAGGAAUCCUAGAGAUGCGGAUGGAGGAGUGGAGGUGGUUCGAUGGUGGAGGAAAGGAGGUGGUUCGGUGGUGGAGUGGUUUGGCUGCAAAGGAGAAGAGGUGGUUUCAUUGUUCAACGAUGAAGAGAUUAAAGGGCACACCGUUCAAGGAAAUGAGACUACAAAAAGUUACUUCAGCACUUUUAAAGUCAAUUCUCUUUUGCCAUCAAGUGUCUGUAACCAGUCUGCCAAAGUUCUCAACAAAGCUUCAUCUCUAGAAGUGGUAAACAAGUAUGGACCAUGCAUUCAAGGGACCGGACAUGAUCAGAAAACAGCAAAUAUCAUUCCCUCAAUAGCCGAAACCCUCCUUCAAGACCAACUUCGAGCGGACUCAAUUCGAGCCCAACUUUCACUGAACUCAAGCAGUCGAGCUUUCGGGGAUCUACAGACUAAAAUUCCGGCCUCUGGUACUUCACCUGCCGGCGAAUAUACUGUUACCGUGGGUCUUGGAACACCCAAAAAGAUUUCUCACUCAUACUUGAUACUGAAUGAAGAGAAGUUCGAUCCAACCAAAUCAUCCUCGUACAAAACUGUUUCAUGUUCCUCGGAAUCGUGCAAUUUAAUUGCUCAAGAAGGUGUACAGGGUUGUUCUUCCUCGAAUUUAUGCCUUUACGGAGUCAAAUAUGGGAGUGGCUACACCGUCGGGUUUCUUGCCACAGAAACGAUUACCAUUACAUCUUCCGACGUGUUUGAAAACUUCUUGUUCGGGUGCGGCGAACAGAAUGGUGGUAGGUUCAAUGGCGCAUCCGACAUUGCUGGAAUUAGUGUUGGAGGCCGCAAACUACCGAUAGAUGCAUCAGUGUUUACGACCGCUGGGGCAAUCAUCGACUCUGGCACAACUCUUACAGCUCUGCCAACCACGGCAUACUCAGCUCUCAGCUCAGCUUUCCAAGAAAUGAUGACAAAUUAUCCAUUGAUAAAAGGAUCCUCUGGCCUCCAACCAUGCUAUGACUUCAGUAAUUAUGCCAACGAAAAUAUUCCAAUACCUCAUAUCAGUAUCUUCUUCGCAGGCGGAGUUGAAGUGGAAAUUGAUGAUUCGGGGACAGUGGCAGUGAUAGGAAUUUUGCAAUCAUUGGAAAUCUACCAGCAGAAGACAUACGAGGUGGUGUAUGAUGUUGCUAAGGGAAUGCUCGGAUUUGCUGCUGGUGGUUGUUAA